GCCGCAAUCAUUUUCAAUAGUCACAGUUUCCGUUGAUACUCUUUUUUUCUUCCGGUCUCAUCAAAACCCUCGGUUCAAAAUAAAAAAAAAACGGCAAAUCCUUCGAUAGCGAAACAUCAAAAAGAUUAAAAACUGAUUUGCUUUAAUGGCGGAAAAACCCCAACCCGUUCAGGUAUUAUACUGUGGUGUUUGCGGGUUACCCGCUGAGUAUUGUGAAUUCGGACCCGAUUUUGAAAAAUGCAAACCCUGGUUGAUCCAACAUGCUGCCGAGAUUUACCCUGAUCUUCUUCAAGACCCAAAUGCGAAGGAAGUAGAUAAAGUUUCGAAUCAACUUCAGUCAUCUUCGAUUGCGGAUGGCACUUCGGCUUCUGGCUCUUCAGCACCAAAACAAGAACCUGUAAAGAAACUUCCAGGUGGCAAGAUAAAAAAGAAGGAGAGACAAGAAGUUAUAAUUGAGAAGGUAACUCGUAACAAGCGAAAGUCUAUCACCACCAUUAAAGGCCUUGAACUUUUUGGUAUUAAACUGAGUGAAGCUUCAAAGAAACUUGGAAAGAAAUUUGCUACUGGAGCUUCUGUUGUUAAGGGGCCAACUGAAAAAGAUCAAAUUGAUGUACAAGGAGACAUAGCAUAUGACAUUGUGGAUUUCAUCACACAAACAUGGCCUGAUGUUCCUGAAACUGCAAUUUUCUUUAUUGAAGAUGGGAAAAAGGUCCCAGCUGUAUGAAAUUUGGAGAUCAGAAGAUCUAUGACCAUAUCUAGAGUUAGAUCAUCUAUUAGUUGUUGAGGGUUGACCAAAAAAUAUGAUGUAAUAAUGAUACAUAUAUAGAUAUAUAUAUUUAUAUAUAUCAUAGAGCAUGAAGUGAACCACACAUUUGUUUUUCUUUUUGGACCACAAUGUGGACAUAUAAUAUCUUAGAUAAAACAAAGAAAUUGAGUAA